UGAUUCCGUUCAUCUUCACGCGCGACACCAACGUUUGGUCUGGUCAUUCAUCGGAUUCAUCAUCAAUCAUCGAUAUCUCAUACAUUUGAUCGCAGCCAGGCCACAGCACAAGGCUGUAGUACUUGGGCAGCAGAAUUGUGGAAAGAUGCCACCCAAAGCGGAUUGGGAGAAGUACGAUCGCAAGCUCACAGAUGAAAAGGAGGAGAAGAUUGUUGCUUUGGACGAAUCUGAUAUACAAAUCCUAAAAACAUACGGCCAAGGACCGUAUUCCCUCGCUUUGAAGAAGAUCGAGAAUGAGCUCAAAGAAAUCCAGAAGAGGGUCAACGAGAAGAUGGGCGUGCAGGAAUCAGAUACAGGAUUGGCACCUGCGAAUCUAUGGGAUGUCGUGGCCGAUGCAGAGCGGUUAAAGGCGCAUGCUUUGCCGGUAGCUCGAUGUCAGACGAUCAUCAAGGGCAUUGAAUCUACGCCUGAUCGACCUCUCAAUCCUCAAGAUGGAGCAGGUGCGGGAAACCCAGAGGGCGAUAAAUAUGUCAUUUCUAUCAAGCAGGUUGCCAAAUUUGUCGUUGGACUCGCGGAUACAGUCUCUCCAACGGAUAUUGAAGAGGGAAUGAGAGUAGGCGUUCAGCCAGUCAACUACAAGAUCAUGAUUCCCCUUCCGCCUAAGAUCGACCCCUCCGUGACCAUGAUGCAGGUCGAGGAGAGACCACCUAUUACCUACGAUGAUAUUGGAGGAUGCAAGGAACAGAUUGAGAAGUUGAAAGAAGUUGUAGAGCUGCCGCUGCUAGACCCUGAUAGAUUUGCCAAUCUCGGUAUCGAACCACCAAAGGGUGUCUUGCUAUACGGUCCACCUGGAACUGGCAAGACGCUCUGUGCCAGAGCCGUUGCCAACCGAACAGACAGUACUUUCAUCAGAGUCAUCGGUUCUGAACUCGUCCAGAAAUACAUCGGAGAAGGCGCCCGGAUGGUCAGAGAGCUGUUCGAGAUGGCACGGUCCAAAAAGGCUUGUAUCAUCUUCUUUGACGAAGUCGAUGCCAUCGGAGGCGCUCGAUUCGACGACGGAGCGGGAGGAGACAAUGAAGUUCAACGGACAAUGUUGGAGUUGAUCAACCAGCUGGAUGGUUUCGAUGCCCGAGGAAAUAUCAAAGUCAUCAUGGCGACUAACAGACCUGAUACUCUUGAUCCUGCUCUAUUGCGUCCUGGUCGACUGGAUCGAAAGAUUGAAUUCAGUUUACCGGACAACGAUGGUCGUACGCAUAUUCUGAAAAUUCAUGGGAAGAGUAUGUCUGUGGAACGAGACAUCCGAUACGACCUCAUCGCUCGACUUUGUCCGAAUGCUACCGGGGCUGAGCUGAAGUCGAUUGCCACAGAGGCCGGAAUGUUUGCCAUUCGUGCGAGGAGGAAAGUGGCUACAGAGCGAGACUUUUUGGAUGCUGUGGAGAAGGUCAUCCGACAGGGUACCAAAUUCUCUUCCACAGCACUGUAUGCUCAAUACAACUAGGCUGGGCGUUUGAGAUCAUGGUCCGUCACAUGUGCAUAUCAUAACGAGAGU